AUGACCAGAGACUGCGGACACAGUACAGGAGAUGACCAGAGACUGCAGACCUUUGGGGAGGGGGGGAAGCAGGUACCCGAAUUUUGCAGAUACCAGCUCCCACUUCCUUCUUCCCCGUUUUUUGGGACACGUGACAGGUCCCAAAAGACUGCCGGACCAUUCACAAAGCGCAGCGCUUCUCGUGCAUGUGCAGUGGGCACCUGGCUGUGAAGCCGCAAGCUGUCACAGCCGGGUGCCACACUAAAGACGCCCGUGCCAAGAGAAAAGACCGUGAGGACACCGCUGGACCGAAGAACAGGUA